AUGUACCCCAGGAUGAAGACCCUCGUGCUUUACACCUUCUCAGUCACACUGCUGGCGUGUUUUCUUUACUUGAAGAAAGAGGCAAAGCUGUCAGCAUCGCCAGCGCACCAGAACGUGGAUGUAGCAACUCCCAACCCCCAGUCUGUGGUUCUGGACAAUGCUGAACCCAGUGAGUGUUUGCCAAACCUGGCCCUCGCCAAUUCUUCUCUCACCCUCCCGGAGUUUCACCGCGUCUUCUUAACAUACAAGCACUGUCGGAACUUCUCAGUCCUGCGGAAGCCUUCCAGGUGUAGCAAAGAGGUGUUCCUCUUGCUGGCCAUCAAGUCUUCCCCGAUCAACGUGGACCGGCGGGGUGCAAUCAGGAACACGUGGGGGAAGGAGGUCUCCAUCGGUGGCAAGCGUGUCAGGCUGGUGUUCCUUCUCGGGCUCUCGGAGGCUAAAAGCCAGGUACAGCCCUUGCACCAGCUGCUGGCUUAUGAGAGCCAGGAGUUUGAUGACAUCUUGCAGUGGGAUUUUGUUGACAACUUCUACAACUUGACCCUUAAGGAGCUGCAUUUCCUGCGCUGGUUCACGGAGGACUGCCUGCAUGCCAGGUUUGUGCUGAAGGGCGACGAUGAUGUCUUUGUUAACACUUACAACAUUGUUGAGUUCCUCCACGAACGGGACCCUGAACGGGAUCUCUUUGUUGGGGAUGUAAUUGCCAACGCCCGGCCCAUCAGGAACAGCAAGGUCAAAUACUUUAUUCCAGAGUCCAUGUACACAGCCAAAUUUUAUCCUCUCUAUGCGGGUGGAGGGGGCUAUGUCAUGUCUAGACAGACAGUGCGCCGCCUCCAGAGCACCGCAGAGGACAUGGAGCUCUUCCCAAUAGAUGAUGUCUUUGUGGGAAUGUGCCUGGCAAAGAUGGCAGUGACCCCAAAGAACCAUGCUGGCUUUAAGACUUUUGGGAUCCAGAGACCUUUCAAUCCUUUUGAUCCAUGCUUGUACAAAGGCCUGAUGGUUGUGCACAGACUAAACCCAACUGAGAUGUGGAUCAUGUGGACGCUGGUAAAGGACAACAGCAUCAGGUGCGCAGUGUCCGUAACACACAGCUAUGGAAGGGGUUGGAAAUGA